ACAGACUCAUGGUCUGGGCCAAGCGCCAAUGAAAACGUAAGCAAGCCUUGCCGUGUAACAGGCGCAGAAUGUACGGACGGGAUUCAAGCUCACAGGCGUUCAGUCUUAAUCCCUCAGAUGGUAGCUUCGCACCAUAGGCCUUUGGACAGGCACGCUGAACUCAUCUUUGGACACCGGCGUUACCAUUUAACAGAUGUACCGCUCCAGUUAAACUCCCCGCCAGACGUAGUAUUCAGAACGGGUCGCACAUCACAUCCAAACUCAAACGCAGCGACCAAAGUCACGGCUGAUCUGGUG